AUGCUUUCGAAGAUUACUAAACUACUAAACUUGUUUUGUUCUUCCUCAUUACCGGAGGACCGGUGCCAUCCCUUUUUUUUUAUUAAUGAGUGGCUGACCCGUAGUAAAAAAAAUGUCAAUAAAAUCUUGCAGCACGUAGCUAUUCACAUCGCCCCGCAAGAAAUGCUAAGCACAGGGGGGACGAGCGGAAGAAGAGUGGAAACCGCAAAAAAGGUCAACAGGCGUACAAUUACGGGAUGUAUGACGUGCAGGAAGAGAAGAAAGAAGUGUGAUGAGGAGAAACCAAUUUGCGGAGGAUGCCGACGGAACUACUUACAAUGCAAUUGGCCAGACUACAAUAACGGAAGAAUUAGACGUCCGAAAAGAAGGAACAAUGUAAAAUCACCGGAGAAAGUUAUCCCGAAUAAAGAGGAAAGAAAGACUUCACUUGAUUUUCACGUGACAUACUGCCCUCUGGACGCCAGAGUCAAGCCUUCACCGCCUAGAUGGAUCUUUCAAAUAUAUUCGUUGAAUGGUGAGGAAACAACACUCAGUAAAUUUGACCACUUGAGUAGUCGGUUUAUCCCAGUGGAUGAUUUUCAAGAAGAUUCUCCUGUAGAAUCAAUUUCCGCGAAUGAAGAUGGAAAUCCCUUAAAUGUCCUAGGGAGUGUAGAUGAGGAGUUCUGGAGCUCUUUGACCAUUAGCGAAACUUUAGAUCUCCAGCUGGAUAGCUUCUCUAUUCCUUUGAUUGACAUACCACGACAUGCUCUCGUGAUACAUCCAUCUACACUGAGUUCGCACUACCAAGUAUUCGAUGAUCCGAAUGCAGAAGAGAGUAUUGUAUAUGAAAAGCUUCUGCAAAAAUAUAGAAACAACGAGCUGCCAUCUGAAAGUGUGUUUAAACAUCUCGAUAUGGAGGCCUUUUUGUUUUUUGCAUGCCUCAAGGGCUAUAUUCCGAAACUGAGCACUCAAUAUACACAUCCAAGUCUCACAGCAGAUGCGACAUUCAUACCUCAAGUAGAAAAGCACCCGUUAAUGAAACGUGUUUUUCUGUGUUGCGGGGCAACCUAUUUGGCAUGGAAAGAUCUUGAUAGAUUUCAAAAUCUUAGUGAUGAACUAUAUGCGGAAUGUAAGAGCAUGGUAAUGUCUUAUAUUGAAGAGAAUAGGACCUUCGCCGACGAAGAUUGGCUAUUCGCGUCAUUACAGUUGCUUUGUAACAGGGAUAAGAAUUCAUUCACAGGAACCGUGGAUGAUUCCAUCUGGCAUCUUUCCAAAGCAUACUUGAUCAUUCGCCAAAAGUAUUACGACAGAAGGGAUACUGAUGUGACCGAAAACCUUCUACUAAAUGAUUUUCUGAUCAAAAGCCUUAUCCUACAACCCCACGAACGUAUGUUUGUCGAGAGUUUUAUAUACCAUUACUCUGUUUCCAUGCUGUUUGCAAAAGAUAUCUCACACCUUCCGAAUCCUUUCACAAUCUUCAAGGCCCUAAAUGUGGUUCUUAAAUGCGCAGUUUAUAACUGCGAGGGAACAAAUGAGUGGAUGAGUAAUCCUCUUCUUGGUUCGUCGUUAGAUACAUUUGAAAUUUUGGCCAAGCUUUCGUUUAUUGGUCGCAUGGAGAUGCCUCUUGGACCUCUGUGGCUUACUAAAGCCAUGCAGCUUCGAAACAUGUGCGUCUACUAUACGCCUCCAACUCCAGCCCUAGAAAUGGACGAUAUACAAUGGUUCAAUUUCAAAAUUAAUUCUCUUGUAGGCAUUCUUACUACGAAGACUUGCGAUCUCUUUGCCUCUAAGAUGAUUGAAUUCAGUGAGUUCGACGUGAACUGUGCCAAGGUACAAAAAUCUGUUGAGGAAAUUGUACAAUGCUACAAACAAAUCCCCGCUGAUCAUCAGGUAUGGGGAAUUUUGCCUUGGACAAUGCUAAUAGCGGGCGCAUUCGCACGUGAUUCUGAUCACCAGCUGUUUAUUCUUGACAAGAUAAAUCGAAUGGCCGAAAGGGCUCACAGUUAUGCAGGAAUAAAAAUGAGCUCUUUUUUACAUGAUAUUUGGAGCACACCGGACGGAUUGAACCUUUUAUUCAACAGAGAAAGAUUGGCUCAAGUGGACGUUUGA